AUGGAAUCCAAAUCAAGCCCCCUCAGAGAAUUCUCCUGCCUGAUCUGUCGGCAGCGCAAGGUCAAAUGCGACCGACACGAGCCCUGCGCCAACUGCGUCAAGGCCGAGACUCAAUGUACCUUUGUCGCACCAGUUCGCGGCAAGCGCACGAAGAAGAAGAACAAAAAGCCAAAACUAGUUCAUGAAGGAUUGCAUGCUAAGCUGCGUCGAUACGAGCGCAUGCUUGAGAAGUAUGGAGAGACGCUGGACCCGCCGAUUGAGCAUGACUGUCCUGACGACAGCGAUGCUGCGUCGGACUCGAUGGAGAGAAAAACAACUAGAUAUUCUGAUAGCACAUGGUGGUCACGAAAAGAUUGUGUGCCAGACGAACCUCUUGAGCCUGUCGAUUCCACAGACGAAAAUGACAACUCUCUCCUCGAAUGGCUGGAAGGCCGUCCUAGUUGCAAUCAACGCACAGUGAACCUACGCGAGUUCUAUCCUGAUGCAGCGACACUCUCUCAACUCCAGUACAUCUACGCAGACCAGAUUGACCCCAUGGUGAAGAUGCUUCAUCUGCCGUCUCUCUUUAACACCAUGAAUAUGGCGCUCGCUGACCCCGGCAGCGUGCCAAAGAGCGUCGAAGCUGUUUUAGUUUGUUUUUGCCUCGCCACUGUCAGCACCAUGUCGCAACAACAAUGCCAGGCUGUGUUGAAGCAGGACAGAGUCUCGGUGGUGACCAAGUAUAAGAAGGCUGCCAGGCAGGCUCUUACAAAUGCCCGGUUUCUCCAAUCCCCUGAUUUCACCAACCUCCAGGCGCUAUCUUUGUAUUUGCUUGGGGUGAAAGGCUUGUAUGGCUACGGCACAUUUCACAUCCUCUGUGGGAUGGCAGUUCGGCUGUCUAUGCGAGUUGGCCUGCAUCGCGACGGCGCCAAUUUGGGCCUGUCACCGUUCGAAACAGAGAUUCGACGUCGGCUUUGGUGGCACACCAUUCAGCUCGACUUUCGGGCGUCAGAACUGUUGGGUAUUCGGCCGUCGUUUGAUUUAUUCAUCGGAGACACAAAACCGCCAACCAAUGUGGAAGAUGAAGACAUCAGCCCAGACAUGACGGAGUUUGCUAAAGAGCGAAAUGGCAUUACUUCCCUGACGCUGUUUCGCGUCCGCUGCGACGUCACUCAGUUUCUCAGGCAUCUCUAUCUUUCUUCAUUGUCAACACAUGUAAGUGGAUUUGAUAUUAUUAGUAGCAGCAACGCUGCAGUUUCCACCGAGGAAAAGGAUCGGAUGAUUAGUGAUUUGGAAGACAUGUUUGAAUCCAAGUACCUGCGAUACUGCGAUCCUUCCGAGCCGUUGCACACGUUUGCUUCGGUCAUCAUUCGCUCCGUCAUCUGCAGACUGAAAGUCCUGACUUACAACCCAAGACUCUUCUUUGCCGAGAAGCAAAUGCAACAACUGCCCGAAGCAACACAAGAUAUCAUAUUCGUCAACGCGAGCAAGCUUCUCGAGUACGCCGCACUCAUCCACAACAAUCCAAACUUCCACAAGUUCAUGUGGCGUACAAGCGCCACGUAUAUAUGGGACUCUAUCCUGCACGCCCUGAUUGCUUCUCGGCACCGCAAAGCUGAUCCCAAAACCGACCGGCUUUGGCAUCUCAUCGGCAUCCUCAUUUCCCCCCACCGCCCAGACGAUAUCUUUGCUUGUAGAGCGGCAGACGCUGUGCACUCGGCGCUCUCGAAAUGGAUUCCAGAAGUGUGGGACGAGUACGCUGCUGCCGCGAGUUCUCAGGGCUUGCAUCCAGUGCCAGUACCUCCAGAUUAUAUUGCGGAAAUGAGGGCGCAGCGUUCGGCGGACGUGAUGAUGCAGACGCAACAGAAAGAUAUCGUUUCAGUGGACGAUUUUUUGGGGUUUUCAGACCUUGAUACGUUUGCCUCGGACCCGAAUGAAUGGCUUCAGUGGGAGCGGCUGCUAGCUGGGGAUGAUCCGUUUGGUGGUGGUCUCACUCAGAUCACAUGCAUAUUUGAAAUGUCCUCCCCAGCUCUAAACCAUCUGAUAAUAGUCUGCUGCCACGCCAUCUACCUCGGCGGCACAACCCACGGUGCCGACGAGAAUGAAUGGCUGAUAGAACCCUUUCAAAAAGGCGAAACGCCGACUUUUGUGCAACAUAUCAAGGCUGGUCUUGAGGAGCUGGAGGAGAGUGAUGGGGCUGGGGUUUUGGUGUUUUCUGGAGGUGCAACAAAGAGAGACAAGACUGAUCUCACAGAGGGAGAGUCAUAUCUCAACCUCGCGCGAGAAAAUAAUUACUAUUCAUCACCACUUGACCCAAUCAACAACAUCCUGGCCGAAACAGCCGCGACAGAUUCAUACCAAAACAUCCUCUUCUCGCUCCUCCUCUGGCGCCGGCAUACAGAACGCGCAUACCCACAGAGCCUAACCAUUGUCACGCAUGAUUUUAAAAGAAGCCGGUUUCUGGAUUUGCAUCUUCCUGCUCUUGGAAUUCCCAACCAUCUUCCUCAUAGUGGCAGUGAAAAGGUUCAGAUCAAGCUCAUCGGCAUAAAUCCGCCAGAACACAUCACGCCGCUGUGCGAGUUGGAACAAGGCGAGCAAAAAAGAGGGAUAGGCGCGUGGAAGCAGGAUUUUUAUGGAACUGGUGCGGUUUUGGGUGCGAAGAGAAAGGGGCGUGGGUGGAAUGUUGAUGUAGAGCGGACACUGCUGGAAGAGGAAAAAGAUGAGGUGGUGAGGAGGUUAGUUGGGUGGAAUGGAGAGGGUUUGUUUCCAGAGUUGCAGAGUUUGCCGUGGAAUUGA